AUGGGUUCACACGUCGUAAACGACCAGUGGAACAAUACUGUCUGUUCUUGCAGCUACAAGUGCUGCUUCCUCGAGGGUUGCUGCUUCGUGCAUCCUCGACGGUCCCUGGAGGAGAAGCCUGUUGUUGAUCGAUACGUCCCAGUCGCUCCUUUCCCAACCCGAGCCUUCAGCGCGCGCCCGGGCAAGAGCUUCCUCGAUUUCCCGCCCGAACUUCGCAACAUCGUGUAUCGAAAAGUCCUCUACACGAAAACUACCCGUCGGAUGACCUUGAAUCCUACGCUUCGGGACCAUGCGCCGGAGGACCGGUGGGGUGAAGGCAAUCGCUUCGCUCUCCUAGCCACUUGCCGAGAACUCUACCACGAAGCUGCCCCCAUGAUGUACGGCAACAACUUCUUCUCCCUCGCCCGACCCUUACAUCGCGACUUCACCAUCCCUCGGGCGCCGGGAAUGCCGUUCCGCCUCAUCCAAUUCUUCAUCCUUCAUUACCCUGGGCAUCUUGGUCCCUGCUCGUGGCACCUCUCCCAUCUCUGGAAACACUGGCUGGAGGACGCGUUGACCAUCACCUCCCGCUUUCCCAACCUCCGCCUCCUCCUCAUCAAGAUGAACUACAACCAGUGGGCGAGCCGCGACACCCAGGACUGGUACUCCUGGGACCCGCUGUUUAGGCGUGUGGAUAAGGACAUGAGCGACGAAGAAUUUGCCAGCCGGGUUCUCAAGGUCGUUAAUUCGUUGGCGAUCCUUAAUGGUCGCAAGAUGCCGGCGCCGGUUCGGCUCGACUUCUGUGGUUUCGCCGCCUUCCAGAACGUGGACACUGAGUUCAUUCACCCUACCCACGAUAUCGCCUGCGUCAACGAGGCGAUCGUGAUGGCUCAGAAUCGACCUGUGGAGUAUAUCGCGCCGAUGAGUUGGUCCGAACGAGGUUAUUUCGGGGACGACUAA